AUCAGUAAUAACAGUAGCUGCUGCUCUUCUGGCUUCUGCAGCAUCUCUAGUUAGCAUUUCUUCUGAUAUCGGAGGCUCUGCGAGGCUGCCUGCUAUGUUUUGUGGUGUUUUUGGUCAUAAACCUACACCAGGCUGGCUUUCAACUGAUGGACAUCGUCCUGAUAGUACAGAUGAUAACUGGCCUGCAUUUCUUACAAUUGCACCGAUGACCAGAUAUCCUGCAGAUUUACCAAUAAUUUUAAAAGCUAUGACUCAGUCGGAAACAGCAAUCACUCAACUGAAUAAAAAAGUUCACAUAGAUGAUGUUAAAUUUUUCUAUAUCGAACAUUUUCCCAUAAGCGUUACAACCAAAGUCGAUAGAGAAAUUAUCUCUGGAAUACGUAAAUUUGUUAAUCAUUUGGAACAAGAUCAAAAUAUAAAAGUCCAAAAGAUUGAAUUACCUGAAAUGAAAUAUGCAUUUGAAGCUGCUGUCACAAUUCUGUUGCGCUUAAACGGAGUAGAUACCAUUUUCAGCAAAGAGUCUGAUCCUGAUGAAUGGAGAAGUGUCUUUGUGGAAUUUGUAAAAUUUAUCUGUCUCGUUUCUCCGCACAGUUUGUCUAACGUUGGAUAUGGAGUCAUUAAACGAUUUUCACAAAAAUUACCAGACAGCUAUUACGAAUGGAUGUGCAAAAAAAAUGAGGCAAUUAAAAGACGAGUUCAAGAUAUUCUUGGUGAUAACGGAGUUCUUAUUUGUCCUACUUUUACCUCUGCGGCACAUUAUCCGUAUGAAAUAUACCCGAAAAUUUGUAACGUGAUUUAUAUGAUGAUUUUUAAUGCUCUUGGACUCCCUGUAACUCAAUGUCCGAUUGGAUUCAAUAGCGAAGGUCUUCCUAUAGGAUUUCAAAUUGUAGGUAAUGUAAAUAAUGAUCAUUUAACUAUCGCAGUAGCACAAGAAGCUGAAAGAGCUUUCGGUGGAUGGCAUGAACCGCCUUGUGAACGUUCAACAGUGUGAAAAAUCAAAUGAAGAAAAUAGAUAUUUAGGAACAAAUAAACAUUAGUAAACAUGAAA